UUUAUUGGAACUUCUUGGCAUUAAAAAUGAAGAAGAAACAAUUAUUAAUAAAGAAGUAGAUAAUAAUCAAGAAUUAAAUAAAAGUGUUAGUCCAUAUGAAGAGCCUCGAGCUAAAAAACCUAAAACUGAACGAAAAUUUUCUGAAAAGCCAGGAAAUAAUGAAAUAAAGAAAAAUAAUCAAAAUAAUGAUAAUUCUGAUCAAAAUGGAAGUUUUAAUCAAAAUAAUAAUUACGGAGAUUUUGCUUCUGUAUUGCGUGCACUUACUUCUUCCUCUGCUAAUUUUGCUGGUGCUGAACAAUCAACAACAAAUUUAUUAGAUACUUCUUCUCCCCCUCUCUCUUCUCAAUUUCCUUCAAAUCAAAUAACAUCGACAGAUGAUCCAACAGCUUUUUUAAUGGCAACAAUGGCUGCUGCAGCAACCCAAAAUGGUGGAGGAAAUAACAAUAAUAAUCAGACAACGACAACAAAUAACAAUAAUAAUCAACAAACAAAUAGUGGAAAUCAAUCUCCUUCAGCACAGCAAAAACGAGCCAGAACAAGAAUUGGUGACGAUCAUGUUAAGAUUUUACGUCAGUAUUUUGAUAUUAACAAUUCUCCAAGUGAAGAACAAAUUAAGGAAAUGGCACAACGAACAAAUCUAGCUGAAAAAGUAAUAAAGCAUUGGUUUCGAAAUACUUUAUUUAAAGAACGUCAAAGGGACAAAGAUUCUCCAUAUAAUUUUAGUAUACCUCCACAAAUGAGUAUAGAUUUGGCUACUUAUCACAAAACUGGAGAGGCUAAAAUUGUUCCGUUAAUUAAACAAGAGAAAGAAGAAAAUGAAUCAAUGGGAGAAGAAAAGGAUAUUAUCAGAAAUGAUCAAGAAAAUUCAAAAAUAAUUGAAAAUUAUCAAAAUGAAAUGAAAGAUUAUUCUGACCAAGAAUUAGAUGAACAAGAAAUGAGUGAAGAUAGGGAAGAAGAAGAAGAUGGGGAAGAAGAAAAUAUUUUAAUUAAACAAAAAGUGGAAGAAGAAAAUAAUGAACAACAAAAAAAUUUGAAGAAAAAAAAUAAAAAAUUAUUUUUAAACAAAACUGUGGAUAAUUUAGGAGGAAAUGAAACAAAAUUAAAUUUAAAUGAACAAUUUAAAAGUAUAGAAUCUGUAGCUGCUGAUUUAUUGGCAAGUAUUGGUAGACAACAAAUGCAAAAUAAUUCUUUGGGGGAUGAAGGAGGAGAAAAUAAUUCUGGAAUUGAAUUUUCACAAGAAAAUCAACAAUUACUUUCACCGCCUCUUUUAAACGGCACAUCUUUAAAUUUUGACACAGCUGGACAAUUUGCCCAAUUAAUGUUUUCUUCUGCAGCCGCGGCUGCAGCUGCUGCUGGAAUACCUUCCUCCUUCUCUUCAUUUAAUUUAUUUAAUCCUUUUGUAUCCAACAAUUCUAUUGAUUCAAAUAUUUUACAACAACCAUCAGCAACAACAACACAACAACAAGUUGAUAUUAUUAGUCAAUUAAUUAAUUCAUCUUCUUCUACUCAACAAACAAUAACAACAAAUUCUUCUUCAAUUCCUUCUUGUUCUUCCUCAACUUCAAUUAAUUCAAUUACUCAAAUGAUACAACAAUCGACAGCAACAACAACCCCAAAUAAUUCAACUACAACAACAACAAAUAUAGUAAUGCCUGGUGGAGGUUCUAGUGGCAGAAGAGCAAAUCGGACUAGAUUUACUGAUUUUCAAUUGAGAACAAUGCAAGACUUUUUUGAUAAACAAGCAUAUCCUAAAGAUGAUGAUUUAGAAAUGCUUAGCAAAAAACUUGGGCUCUCUCCACGUGUUAUAGUUGUUUGGUUUCAAAAUGCUCGUCAAAAAGCUCGUAAAGUAUUUGAACAACAACCUCAUUUAAUGGCACAUCCAUCAAUUAUUGAACAAAUAACAACAGAAGGCCGUUUUGCCCGUACUCCUUCAUCAGCUAAUUUUCAAUGUAAAGUUUGUGGGCAAGUAUUUCAACGUUAUUUAGAAUUAAUUCAACAUCAACAAAGAAUUUGUUGUUCUGUUAAAUUAGAAGAACAACAAAAUAAUGAAGGGGAUUUUAAUGUUUCUGAUAUUUUAAAUGGAAAAGAGGAAAAUGGAAUUGAAGAAGAAGAAAAUAAACAUUUAUUUUUACAACAACAAUCCUCUAAUAUUGAAAGUAGUUCACAGGAAAUGCUUUUAUUUAAUCAAUUAUUGGCUGCUGCUGGAUGUUCACAACAACAAAUAAAUCAAAUGAAAACUGACGUUCCCUCCUCUAAUAACGUCUCAACAAAUGACACUUCCACAGGGCAACAAUGCCCACUCUGUGGUUUACAAUUUAAUUGUAAUGACAAACUUGCUAAACAUAUUUCUGAAAAUCAUUUUUCUUCUUCCUCUGCAGCAAAUUUUUUUAAUUUAAAAGAAGAAAAUAAUGAAAAACAACAAAAUCCUUUAGAUUUAACAAUUAAUAAUAAUCGUUUUAAUGGUUAUAAAACAGAAGAGGAAAUUGAAGAAGAAAUUGAAGAAGAAAAUGAAAGACAAAAUAAUAAUGAUAGUAGAGGAGGAGGAGGAGGAGGAUAUUUUGUUUCAAAUGAUCCUUCACUUUCUCCAACAAAUGAAGGAGGAGAAGGAAAUAAUGAAAGUUUAUUAUUAAAUGAAUCCUCAUUAGCUGCAGCACUUUUAUUGCCGUCUUUAUUUGGAGGGCAAAAACGAAUAAUAAAUGAUGGAAUAAAUCAAAGACAAAGACCUCAAAGUCAAUCAAAUAAUUCGAAACGUUUUAGAACACAUUUAACACCAAUGCAAGUUUUUGUAAUGAAGUCAUUAUUUCACGACUACAAAACUCCAUCAAUGCAAGAAUGCGACUCUUUAGGUCGAAGAAUUGGACUAACCAAACGAGUUGUUCAAGUUUGGUUCCAAAAUACUAGAGCAAAAGAAAGAAAAGCUGGUAGCAGUAGUGGAAGUGCUGAACCAGAAGAAUUAAUUCCUUGUUGUGGUUCUUCCAUUUAUUGCCAACUUUGUGAUAUGCCAUUUGGAAAUAAUUUAAAUAACAAUAAUAAUAAUAGUCAAUUACUUCAAGAACAUAUUUUUACUGAAAACCACAUAGAAAAAGUAAAAGAAAAAUGUUCUCAAUUAAAAACAACAAUUAGAGGUUGUUCUGUAAGUAUUGGUGGAGAUGAACAACAGAAUUUGUCAUUUUUGGAUGAAAAAAGAGAAGGAGAAGAUAAUUAUGAUGAAGAAAAAAUUGGUGAAAAUUGUGAUUGGAAUAAUGAAUUAAUUGAUGAUGGAGGGAUAGGGGGAGGAGAAGGAGAAAAUAAAGAAAGAAAUAAUCAGUCAUCUUCCUCUUCUUUAUCCCCACAACAACAUAUUGGUCAAUCAUUAACAGCUGCAGCAGCAGCUCAAUUACCUUAUUAUGCUUUAGCAGCGGCAGCUGCCGGUGGAAUUGGGGGAAUGCCAAUGAAUGGUUUACUUCCACCAUUACUUUAUGACCCACUUUUGUUCGGCACACCAGUUUCAGCACUUAAAGUCCCAGAAUCUGUUUCACAACAAAUUAUUACCGAUAUGUCUUCUGGAAAAGGACAAAGUUGUUUUACACAGGAUGGAUUAGAAAUUAAUAAAUUGGAGAGUAAAUUAGCUGAUAAUUUUGGAUAUUUAAGUUCUGUUGAUUUGGAGGUUGGUUGGGGUUGUCAAAAUUGUAAUAAUGUCUUUCAACAACCAGAAUUACUUCAAAAUCAUUGGAAAUUAAUUUGCCCGGCAGGAGAGGAUAUUGGUGCUUUUAAAUUGAUACAAACACAUUAUCAAUGUAAUCCUUGCCAGAAAAAAUUUGGAACACAGGAUGACUUUUGUGAUCAUUGCCUUUCUGUGGAACACAAAACAAAUUGUAGAGCAAAAAAAGAAAGCAAAUAA